AUGGAUCAAGAGGAAAAUAAUCGAAAACUUUCAGCCCUAGAUCCAGAAGGAAAUGAUAGAAUAAUGAAAGCUGUUGAUCCUCCCAAGUCUGCCCUACCUAUUUCAAAAAAUUCUUUUUCCAUAAGUAGCAUACUAAAUCGAACUGAACCUAAAAAACGAGUGGUCCCUUAUCUUCCUAAACAUGAUAUCAUCUCCGACAGCUCCAUGACCCAAUUAUUCUUUGACCCUCAUCUUCACGCCAUCAUCCGACCACCGAUGUUAUUACCCCUGCAAUCUGGUCAUGUGCCCCAGAAAACCAGCAUCCCGUGGUAUCCAUGGUCACAAGUAAAUUCCAAAUACAUCACCCUAGUGUCAAGGGAAAACUACAGUGAAACGGGGAGAAGCCGGUCCUUGAAUACUUCUCCACAUGUAUUAGAUCCCCCUGCCGAGUCAUCAGUUCCUGAAAAUCUGAUUACUUUACCGGAGAUGCCAUCUGUUCAUUCACGGACAGCACCUGCUGACAGUCGGGAGGAGGAUGACGAGAUGAUCAUUAGCACCGGAUCGCGAGACGACAAGAACAAGAAGAAUCGGAGAAAGAAGAAGACAAGGACGGUGUUCACGCGAAGCCAGGUGUUCCAGCUAGAGUCGACCUUCGAUCUGAAGAGAUAUCUUUCCAGCUCUGAACGGGCAGGAUUGGCAGCUUGCCUUCAUCUCACUGAGACCCAGGUGAAGAUAUGGUUCCAGAACAGGAGGAAUAAGUGGAAGCGGCAGCUGGCCGCCGAGCUGGAAGCCGCUAACAUGGCGCGAGCCGCUGCGGCUGCCCAGAGAGUUGUCCGAGUGCCGAUCCUGUAUCACGAUAGCGGCACGUCCGUCAAUGGUUCUCAUUCUCCCGACACAACCACCUUACCACCUGGCCCACCAGUAAGCCUGGCCACCUGCACUCCUUUGUAUUACCACCCUUCUUAUAACCAUAGUCAACAUGUUAUGCGCCCUCUGUCAUCAUUGGUGUGA